ACCACAGCCAUGGUGACAUCGCAUCCGUCAGCUACUUCUCCUUCCUCCAAACUAACCCAAAGCCCGUCUCGCCACUCGCCUCUCGCCACCGAGUGGCAUUUGCCCUCCCUCUCCUCCUGUGCCGCCACCCCCCUUGGAUUUCACUCUCAGGUAAAGGAAUUAAAAUUAUCUCAGUUGCUAUAUCAACCAAGGAUGCACAAAGCUGAAUGUUUGAUUAAGCAUGGGAAGACUAAAGAUGGGAGCUCUACAAGGAGCUUGGACUAUUUAACCAUGGAGCAGCUAGCACAAGGGAUAUCUGAUGGAAUGUACACCUAUAAGCAUCGUUGUGAGGGGGGAGUUGAUAUCCAUGAUAUCGUGGUCAAGAAGAGCAGAUUCAGAAUUCUUCUGUAUUAUGUCGGCACAAUCUGCCUUCUCAUGACUGUUUGCCGCAUCCUAUUGUCAAAGGAGACUUUAGGCCUUGGUUCCCUUUGGAGUAUUUCCUUUGCUGGUGUAAUUGCAAAAUGGUUGCAAUGUGAUCCUGUGAAGAAAGAGUCGUUGGUGAUCAUGCCGACUUUUGGGGUUCAAUUAGAGCAACACUUUUGGAGUGGAAGAGUUCAUCGCAAAUUUGUGCCCACUGGCAAGAUUCUAAGACCGGUGCUGAACGAGUGUGUGACCCCUUUCACUUGCUACUGGAGCUUGGCACUGCUUCUACGAGACGAAUAUGGCCUCAUGCUUGUUUUCAAGAACUUGAAUCCACCAGCUAAGAUGAUAGUCCCAAUCUGGAAAGCAUUAUGUGCAUUCGUGGACUCGAAUACUUUGAACGCUUCUGUAUUACCUCAACUACACGAUCCACAUAAACAUGCUGAACUGACGGAGGCAGUGUGCACUCCUGACUGCUCAUUGAACAUUUGAUCCCUGAGGACUUUGAUUACUGACAGCAGAAUUUUCAUGUUUCCAUACAAAUGACUGAAGACGCAGAAUAUUACUAGACCGGGACUCUUUACUUUAGACUCAGGAGUUUCGUGACCCACUUGUACCUUUGGCCAUCGUGUAAUUUUGUCCUUUGAAUAUUCAAGAGUAUAAUGUACUCUACAUAUUUCUUUGUGAAAAA